CCCGACAUGAGCAGUCAGAACAACCUCACCACACCAGAUGGGCUGGCCUUCCCUGCCAUGGGCUCACAGCAGAGGAUAUCUGUGGGCUCCCAGGGUGCCAGGAACAAGGUCCAGCUGACCCCUGGUCACUCAUUGAUGGACUGGAUCAGGCUCAGCAACAGUGGUAAAGACCUGACCGGGGUCGGGGGUCGCAAGUUGGAAGUGUCUACUGAGGAGCUCCAGAAACACAACACGGAGAAGGACUGCUGGAUAGCACUCAGGGGGAAGGUGUACAACGUUUCUGCCUACAUGGAUUUCCACCCCGGGGGUAUCCCAGAGAUGAUGAGAGGGGCAGGGAAGGAUGCCACAUCUCUCUUUGAUGAGAUCCACAAGUGGGUGAAUGCUGAGUCCAUGCUGGAGAAGUGCCUGGUCGGCAGACUCAAAGUGGAGAACACCCUGCUCAAGAAGGCUCUACUCAAUAGUCCCAAACAAGACACAGUUCAAAAUGGAGGAUUCCUUGCCCCUGCCACACCGGCUGUACAGUCUCCCAGGUUUGACUGGUUCCAAAGUGGCCAGACUGUGUCUGUGGUCGUGUUCACCAAGUGGCCACACAUCACUACAGAUAUGGUGGAGGUUAGCCUGCAAGGCAGAGCACUCUACAUGAUCCUGUGUGUGAAGAGCUCAAUAUACACAGUGCAUAUCAAUUUGGAAAAAGAUGUAAAUGAAGAGUAUAACUUGCUGGUAUCCAGUGACAGUGGCAAGGUGGAGCUGGUACUGGGCAAGUCUCAGCCAGACGUUCAGUGGUCCUGUAUAGGCAAACACGCGGACGGACACAACACCUACCUGGCCCAGAAAGACUGGGCCCCUGUGUAUCGUGACUGCACGGUGGAGUCAGUGAUGUCGGUUACCAGGGAUACGAAUCUGUACACGCUCAGUCUGCCCAGGGGGGUGAGGAUGUGUGUUCCCAUAGGCAGACAUGUACAUGUACGGCACAAUGUGCAAGGUAUGGAUGUGGCCCGUAGCUACACUGCGGUGCUGCCCUCCCUGUCCCCAGACGCCCAGGACCCCCGCCAGCAGCAGGGUACCACCUUCUACCUCAUGGUGAAGAUCUAUACACAGGGAACUCUCACACCCUGGAUAGGGGCACUCAAACCAGGUGAUGUGCUCCCAGUGAGCAGUUUUGAUGGAGACUUCACGUGGCGGGACCACCAGCAUUGUGGUACUCUGGUCAUGUUUGCUGCAGGGACAGGGUUCACCCCUAUGGUGAGACUCAUCUACACUGCACUGAUAGAGGACACCACCAGAGAACGCACAGUGAAGCUGCUAUUUUUCAACAAGACGCUGGAGGACAUCCUUUGGAAGGAACAGCUGGAUUCCCUUGCACUGGCCAAUAAAAGGUUCUCUUACGUGAAUUGCCUCUCUGAGCCCCAUUCUGAUUGGUCCGGACUGCAGGGCCGUGUUACCAAGGAGAUGGUUCAGGACUUCCUGCCUUCAACAUCCAACACAGAGCGCAUGCUCAUAGCAGUGUGUGGCCCAUCACCUUUCACCAAGUCUGUGAUACAGUUCUGUAAAGAUCUCGGGUAUGAAGACAGUGUACAUGGCUUCGAGGGAUAAACCAGGGUCAUAGUUGAAGACUGAACAAGGCUUGGUCAGGCCCCUGUGGGGCGGAGCUGUGCAUCUGGAAUCGAGGUGGUCAGCACCCUGUGGGGCUACGCAGGGAUCUCAUACAUACCUCAAUCAGGGAGAAGUGCUUCAAGUGAACAUGUUUGGUGUCAAGGGAACAUGUCUUGUGUAAAGGGAACAUGUCUGGUGUCUUUCUCUUAACUAAAAAUAUGAGACAUGUGUAGUGAGAGAUAAAUUAUGAAGACCAGCAGCUUUCUCGUCAAAUCCAUUGAAGUUCUUAUGUGGUGCAUGUAAAGUAUUAUUACAGUUACAUAGUUACGGUAUACAAACAUAGGACAGCUGGUAGUUUGUGUAUACAGAAAACUACUGAAAGAUAUUUUUUAUGCUGAAUAUUUAUAGAGAAUAAUUUAACAUCUGCAUACCCUUAUUUGGCAGUAAACAUCUUGGUGUUUUAAACAUUAUUUAGUUACCAGUGAAGGCAAGUGAACACAUAAAUAUGUUUAUGAGAGAUCAAUAAUUUUUAAAGGAUGCAUAUCAAUGCCAAAAUUUUGCCAUAAACCAUUUUAUUGUUAAGUUUUUGUUUUUUUUAAACAUGAAUCGGGUACUGUGCUGUGAAUAUUUUAAAUGAUGUAAAUGUUGAUGUAUAUAUCUUUAAAUUAUUACAAUAU